CUAGGACUGUAAACACUCAUUAAUUAGCCGUGUUUGCUAGCUGCUGUCACGGAGACCGGGCUCGCGGCUGUGGCUGGCUGAACGCCUCCGCUUUACCUUCAGUAACAUCUGCAUUGACAAAGAACAGACGGAUCAGUGUUAAUAACCCAAAGCGUGUAGCGGUGUUUCUAUUUCGGGGAAAGUAAGCCACUGAACGAGUUGUAUAAUGAUGAAUCUCACACGCUCGAUUUUUUGUUUUGUUUUUUAUUUUGUGUGUGUAAUUUAACAAGUCAGGUACAAAUGUCGCCAUUUCAGCUCGUCAGAGACCGGUUUAGAUGACAAAUGCCCCAGCCAGGUUACCCAGUGGUCACUGAAUUUCUAAAGGCAUGUCCAAGAAAAGGGGCAGAAAGCGCAGCAGUGGGGAACUGAGUGACACCCUGACACCAGAUCCCAGCUGCAUUGUGGGAGUUCGCAUUCAGCAUAACUGGCGAGAGAGGGGGAACCAAAGCAAAUGGAAAGGGACAGUACUUGACAGGCUGAGCGUGAACCCCUCCCUCUUCAUGGUGAAGUACGACGGCUUCGACUGCGUCUACGGCAUCGAGUUGUUCAAGGACGAGAGGGUGUCCAACCUGCAAGUCUUGUCAGAAAAAAUCUUAAACAACAAAAUACAGAUUCCCCCAGGAGCUGAGGAGCUGGUGGGAAAAGCAGUAGAGCAUCUGUUUGAAAAGGAGGAUGGAGAGAAGAAUGAGUGGAGAGGAAUGGUCCUGUCCAGAGCUCCAAUUAUGACCAACUGGUAUUACAUCACUUAUGAAAAGGACCCUGUUCUUUAUAUGUACCAGCUGUGGGAUGACUACGCUGAUGGGGAUCUCAGGAUUUUGCCUGAAGCAGAGAACAAGCACCUGUUGCCUGCAGACAGGAAGCCUGGAGAAGAGACCGAGAGCCUGGUGGGGAAACAAGUGGAGUAUGUUACCGACAAGGGUGUGAAGAGAACCGGUCUGGUCAUCUACCAGGUCCCAGCGAAGCCCUCGGUUUACUAUAUCAAAUACGACGAUGACUUUCAUAUUCAUGUCUAUGACCUGGUCAAGACCACCUAAACAUUGUGGACUCUUUUUGUCCACCACCCGCUGCUGUUCCGUUGGUUUAAUUCUGUUACUCAGAGCCAUGGCAGGGUUGAAUAGUAGCUUUAUUGUUCAUGUCGGUGCCGUUUUUGUUUAAAUGCACAGUGGAACUGUAGCACUGCUCUGAUAUUCUCAUUGAAAUGGGUGAGCCUACUUGUUCUAAAACCUGUAACACUUUAUUGUUUCACAGCUAUUGAGUGGGUAGUCGUCGCAUCAGCGUUGUUUUCAUUGAUCAGUUUUUAAAGUUUCUCGUAACUAAAUCCAGUCCGCUACAGAAGCAGCACAGAAUGCCCUCUGAUGGCACCUUUCAUGGAAAUUCUUCAAAAAGUCAAUAAGCUAAAACACAAAGUGUUUGGAAUAAAAGCUUUAAUUUAUUGUUAGCACUAGAAAGGGUUUAAGAAAACAGCCUCACAAGAUCACUUUAAUCAGACCUCUUUAAAGUCAGAUGCCAACGAUCUGCAUCUUUGCACCACAUUUAGCACUACAACUUUACCUGGUUGGCCACAUAAUUUAGUAUAUGAAUCAAAAGUCGCUUUUCUUAAGGAGACUGUUAAGAAAAGUUUAAGUCUUUCUGAAUGUUAAAGUUAAUAGCACUAUUGUGCUUGCUAUUUAGUAACUAAUUUAGUAUUUGAAUACACACAAUUCAAAAAGUGCCUUUAGGCUUGUCAAUUUGGCAAUAUUGUAAAUACAAUUUCUCUUUAUUGCUGCAACUGAAGGCUGCCAUCUAGUUUUCAUUUAGGACAGUUCUGCAAGCAUCAGUUUUCAACAGCAGCAUGGUUCUCCCCUUUAUGUUGAACAUGUUCUUCAAAUGGAUCAUAAUGCCUGUGUAAUGUCACUGUCGAUGUUGUGGGCAGCACUUUAUUGUAUAAAGUUUACAUAGCUAGGUUGUUGUACAGUCUUAGUUUCCACUGGAUGUUCCAAAAGGACAAAAGUGGCAGAAAUAUGCUUUAAGUGAUGUGCAUGAAGGAAACAAAGACAGUGCUGCAAUACAUUCAGAUUAUAUUUAAUCUGUAAAAAUUUGUUUAAAUCCCAAUAAUGUUGCUUGUGACUAUUUUCAUUUAGAAAAAUUUCUCCCUAAAAUCUGAGUCUCUUGUGAACAAAUCAUUAAGACACCUAUAAUUAAGAACUAAAUGUAUUUUCACAAUCUGAUGAGCUAACAAAUUUGUAGUAAGUUGUCUUACAAAAAGCUCUUUUUCCAGUUUAUGCUAAAUGUGUGUUGACCUCACAAUCUUUUAAUUUAUUGCAUCUUUGAGAAAACAUUUUGUUUACGUUAUUUUAUCACCUUAACAGUGCCUGAAGGUUUUGAAAAUGUUUGAUGUGCUAGAAACGAUUCUGUACAUGCAUUCAAAACAAAGGUUAACACUGAGCGUCAUUGCUAGUUGUGCUUUUGUCAAAAAUACUUCAUGCUUCCAUUUUCGCUCCUUGUUCCAAAAUUGUAGCAGACUGACUGCCCAUGUCAUAAUAUUCUGUUGUAAUAAACAUUUUUGCACAUUA